CUUAAACCAAUGUUAGAUAUUGCCGCUAUAUUAAGUGAAAGAGGUCAUAAUGUAAUAUUAUUAACAAGAGGAAAUUAUACGCCAUCGUCAGAAUAUCCAACUAUUAAACAAAUUUCAUUGGGGCCUACGAUCAAUAUUAAAGAUAUUAAAGAUCUCAAACAACUUGUAAACAAAAAAUUUGAUUUUACAGCAUUGUCAAAAUCACUUGAAUUUAACGUAAAAUUAUACGAGAGCACAUUCGAAAAAUUUAAAGAUGCUGCAAUUGAUAAUAAUAUUGACUUAUUUAUUUGCUAUGCUAUAAUAAAUGAUGCUUGCUUAGAUGUCGCUCAUACUUUAAAGAAACCUGCUGUUGGAUUAUUGUCUUUUCUUAAUUUAAUGGACAGUAAACCGUAUAAGUCUGAUCCAAUAUAUAACUGUAAUAUUUCAUUGGAGAAUGAAUCAUUCAUGGAAAGAUUUAAGUGUACGGUAAUACAACCUCUUCGUAUGCUUAGUAUAAUGUAUCCUAUAUUAAAUCAAUUAAAUGAUUUAAGAAAUCAACUGGGUGCCGAACCCGUUUUUGUGUCUUCGAAAAGAUUAGCUCAAUCUUCUCUAAUUUUUAUUGAUACUUUCUUUGGUUUUGAGUUACCGCAAUCUUUACCACCAAACAUUCAGGAAAUUGGGCCAAUAAUGUCGAAUGAAUACCCUCCACUUACGCCUGAACUCUCCGAUUUUAUAAAUGGACACGAACGAGUUUUGUAUGUAGCCUUUGGAGGUCGCUUUUUCACAACAGUUGAGAAUAACAAUAAAAUUUUACAAUCCCUUAUUGAAGUCAUUAAUAAUAAUAUGGUUGAUGGUGUAAUUUGGGCAUUAUCUCAGACAUCAAAGGAUGAUUUCUCUCCUACAUUCAACCUAAAUGAUGGUUCACAAGCUCAAACUUCUUCAAUUCUAAAUAACAAACAUCCUCAUAUACACAUUACAAGUUUUGCUCCACAAUUUGCUGUACUCAAUCAUACCAAUACGAAAUUAUUCUUUAGUCAUGGAGGUGCAGGAAGUACUCACGAAUCCCUUUUUACUGGUACUCCCAUGUUAGUAUUACCUAUUGGUGGUGAUCAGAUGGGUAAUGCCGAUAAAUUAAAAUCAAUUGGUAUAGCGUUAUCAUUAGAUAAAUUUGCUUUAGAAGUUAAUGAUAUUAUAAAUAAGAUGAAUAUUUUGUUAAAUGAUGAGGAUGUAAAGAAAAAUGUAGAAAGAAUGAAAUAUUUAGCAAAAAUUAAUAGUAAAAGAAAAUAUAGAGCUGCGGAUUUAAUUGAAUACGUUUUACUUCGUAAUGAUCUUAAUAAAGGUUCCGAUCAAGAAUUAAAGGAAUUUAUUCCUGCUGAUACAAGAAUGGGAUUUAUAAGAGGAAAUAAUUAUGAUGUUUAUGUAACUAUAUUAUUUAUCAUACUUGGAAUUAUUGGAUUGAUUUUAAGGAUUACAUUUAAAUUAAUUACGUUCAUUAUAUGGAUAAUUUUUCCUUAUUCGGAUCAAAAAUCAAAAAGAGAUUAA